AUGCUGGAUGACAGAGCCAGGAUGGACGUCACCAAGAAGGAAAAGGCCGAGCAGAUCCUGGCGGACUUCCAGCUGCAGGAGGCGGACCUGAAGAAGGUGAUGCGGCGGAUGCAGACGGAGAUGGCGCGGGGCCUGCGGCUGCGGACCCACGAGGAGGCCAGCGUGAAGAUGCUGCCCACCUACGUGCGCUCCACCCCGGAGGGCUCAGAAGUCGGGGACUUCCUCUCCCUGGACCUGGGCGGCACCAACUUCAGGGUGAUGCUGGUGAAGGUGGGGGAGGGCGCGGAGGGGCAGUGGAGCGUGACGACCAAGCAUCAGAUGUACUCCAUCCCCGAGGACGCCAUGACCGGCACCGCGGAGAUGCUGUUCGACUACAUCUCCGAGUGCAUCUCCGACUUCCUGGACAAACAUCAGAUGAAGCACAAGAAACUGCCCUUGGGCUUCACGUUCUCCUUCCCCGUGAGGCAUGAAGACAUCGACAAGGGCAUCCUCCUCAAUUGGACCAAGGGCUUCAAGGCCUCCGGAGCAGAAGGGAACAACAUCGUGGGGCUCCUCCGUGACGCCAUCAAACGGAGAGGGGACUUCGAAAUGGACGUGGUAGCGAUGGUCAACGACACAGUGGCCACCAUGAUCUCCUGCUACUACGAAGACCGCCGGUGUGAGGUCGGCAUGAUUGUGGGCACAGGCUGUAACGCCUGCUACAUGGAGGAGAUGCAGAACGUGGAGCUCGUGGAAGGGGACGAGGGCCGCAUGUGCGUCAACACUGAGUGGGGCGCCUUCGGGGACUCCGGGGAGCUGGACGAGUUCCUGCUGGAGUAUGACCGUGUGGUGGACGAGAACUCCCUGAACCCCGGCCAGCAGCUGUACGAGAAGCUCAUCGGCGGCAAGUACAUGGGCGAGCUGGUGCGGCUUGUGCUGCUCAAACUCGUGGACGAAAACCUGCUUUUCCGCGGGGAGGCCUCGGAACAGCUGCGCACGCGCGGCGCCUUCGAGACCCGCUUCGUGUCGCAGGUGGAGAGUGACUCUGGGGACCGCAAGCAGAUCUACAACAUCCUGAGCACGCUGGGGCUGCGGCCCACGGCCACCGACUGUGACAUCGUGCGCCGUGCCUGCGAGAGCGUGUCCACGCGUGCCGCGCACAUGUGCGCCGCGGGGCUGGCGGGCGUCAUCAACCGCAUGCGCGAGAGCCGCAGCGAGGACGUGAUGCGCAUCACCGUGGGCGUGGACGGCUCGGUGUACAAGCUGCACCCCAGCUUCAAGGAGAGGUUCCAUGCCAGCGUGCGCCGGCUGACGCCCAGCUGCGAGAUUACCUUCAUCGAGUCGGAGGAGGGCAGUGGCCGGGGCGCGGCCCUGAUCUCCGCGGUGGCCUGCAAGAAGGCCUGCAUGCUGGGCCAGUGACCGCGGAGGCCACCAGGCAAGGAGGAGGCAGUGGCUCGCUGGACCUGGGCCCCAGGGGAUGUGCUCCCCACAGAUGCCCCCACCCUCGCCCAGGAAAGAGGUCUCUCUUUGUGAGGACCGGGGACGCCUCCCAUCCCCACUGCCUCCC